AUGCGGCAGCUGCGGGCCCCGGCGCCGGCGCCUACCGCCCCGAAGAACGACGUCUCACCAGAGAAGCCAUGGAGCGAUACCUUCGCGAUCGUUCCGAUAUGGUUGUGGUCAUUCUACAUGCAAAAGGUCGCACAAAAGUCUUAUGGUAACGAGAAGAGGUUUUUUUGCCCUCCACCCUGUAUCUAUCUGUUCGGAGAUGGCUGGAGACUGAGGCGAGAGAGAAUGCUUCGAGAAGGUGAGACAGAACAAGCCUCACAGCUAUGUGCAUUCAUAGGAAUUGGAAAUUCCGAUCAGGACAUGCAGCAGCUAGAUCUUAAUAAUGGCAAACAAUACUGUGCCGCUAAAACCUUGUACAUAUCAGACUCAGAUAAAAGGAAGCAUUUUAUGUUAUCUGUAAAAAUGUUUUAUGGUAAUGGCCAUGACAUUGGUAUCUUUAAUAGUAAGAGGAUAAAAGUAAUAUCUAAGCCAUCGAAGAAAAAGCAGUCACUGAAAAAUGCUGAUUUGUGUAUAGCUAGUGGAACUAAAGUUGCUUUAUUCAAUAGACUGAGGUCACAAACUGUAUCAACUAGAUAUCUCCAUGUUGAGAAUGGUAAUUUCCAUGCAUCGUCAACACAAUGGGGUGCUUUUACAAUUCACCUAUUGGAUGACAAUGAGAGUGAAUCGGAGGAGUUUGCCGUCAGAGAUGGAUACGUCCACUAUGGCUCUACAGUAAAACUUGUGUGCUCAGUCACAGGCAUGGCGCUGCCUAGGCUCAUUAUUAGAAAGGUAGAUAAACAGAUGGCUUUGCUGGAGGCCGAUGACCCUGUCUCUCAACUUCACAAAUGUGCGUUCUACAUGAAGGACACAGAGCGCAUGUACUUAUGUCUCUCCCAAGAAAGGAUCAUACAAUUUCAAGCUACUCCUUGCCCCAAAGAGCCUAACAAAGAAAUGAUUAAUGAUGGAGCAUGUUGGACUAUCAUAUCUACAGAUAAGGCAGAAUAUCAGUUCUAUGAGGGAAUGGGUCCAGUGAGAUCACCGGUUACCCCCGUCCCGUUAGUCCAUUCGUUAAACCUAAACGGUGGUGGUGAUGUAGCAAUGUUGGAACUAGCUGGGGACAACUUUACACCCUCCCUGCAAGUCUGGUUUGGUGAUGUGGAAGCGGAGACGAUGUACCGCUGCGCCGAAUCGAUGCUGUGUGUUGUACCAGAUAUUUCGCAAUUCAGAGGACAGUGGCUCUGGGUUCGACAACCGACACAGGUGCCAGUGUCCUUAGUAAGAAACGAUGGCAUAAUUUACGCCACUGGCCUGACUUUCACUUAUACCCCGGAGCCAGGACCUCGUCCGAUCUGUCCGCCUGUCGAUGACGUCAUGCGGCCAGAACCGGCCUGGCACCACGACGCGCACAACACCCACAGACUGCCCGAUAACAGCCUGCAAUAG